GCAGUGUUGCAGUAGCUCUGGGUGCCGCACGGUGGCGCUGUUCCGCACAGCCUUAGACGGUUGAGAGCGCCGCGGCACGGACACGGCGGUUCUACCCCCGCCCCCGUCCCUGGCCGCCAUUUUGCGCGCCGUCGCUGGGCUGCGGGUAGCUGGACUCGGGGAGCGGACAGCCGGAGCCCCAUGUGCGAGCGCAGCGAAGGGACGAACCUACCUACACGGAUAAGCGGGGACAUGAUGUCCACCGGGGAAGGUCCCUCCGAGCAAGCUGCUGAGUAUGUUCCAGAAAAGGUGAAGAAAGCAGAGAAGAAGUUGGAAGACAACUCUUACGACCUCGACGCUUGGAGCAUUCUCAUACGCGAAGCACAGAACCAGCCUAUAGACAAAGCACGGAAGACCUAUGAGCGGCUUGUGGUCCAAUUCCCAAGUUCUGGCAGGUUCUGGAAACUUUACAUUGAAGCAGAGAUCAAAGCAAAGAAUUAUGACAAGGUUGAAAAGUUGUUUCAGCGAUGUCUCAUGAAGGUCUUGCACAUUGAUCUCUGGAAAUGCUAUGUCUUGUACGUACGGGAGACCAAAGGAAAACUGCCAAGUUACAAGGAAAAAAUGGCACAAGCUUAUGACUUUGCUCUUGAUAAAAUUGGCAUGGAAAUAAUGUCAUACCAGAUAUGGGUUGAUUACAUCAAUUUUUUGAAAGGAGUGGAAGCUGUGGGAUCUUAUGCGGAGAACCAAAGGAUCACCGCCGUCCGCAGGGUCUACCAGCGAGGUUGUGUCAAUCCCAUGAUUAACAUUGAACAGCUCUGGAGAGAUUACAACAAGUAUGAAGAGGGUAUUAACAUUCACCUUGCAAAGAAAAUGAUAGAAGAUCGAAGUAGAGAUUAUAUGAAUGCCAGGAGAGUAGCAAAGGAAUAUGAGACUGUGAUGAAAGGACUGGAUCGGAACGCUCCCUCCGUGCCGCCGCAGAAUACACCGCAGGAGGCUCAGCAGGUGGAGAUGUGGAAGAAAUAUAUACAGUGGGAGAAGAGUAAUCCUCUCCGAACUGAAGACCAGACCCUCAUAACAAAACGAGUCAUGUUCGCUUACGAACAGUGUCUGCUGGUGCUGGGACAUCAUCCGGACAUCUGGUACGAAGCUGCCCAAUACCUGGAGCAGUCCAGCAAGCUGCUCGCUGAGAAAGGGGACAUGAACAAUGCAAAGCUAUUCAGCGACGAAGCUGCAAAUAUUUAUGAACGUGCAAUUAGUACCUUGCUGAAGAAGAAUAUGCUGCUAUAUUUCGCCUACGCUGACUAUGAAGAGAGCCGCAUGAAGUAUGAAAAGACGCACAGUAUAUAUAAUAGGCUCCUCACUAUAGAAGAUAUUGAUCCCACCUUGGUUUAUAUCCAGUACAUGAAAUUUGCGAGGCGGGCAGAGGGCAUCAAGUCUGGGAGAAUGAUUUUCAAGAAAGCCAGGGAAGAUCUUAGGACCCGCCAUCAUGUCUACGUCACAGCGGCCUUAAUGGAGUAUUAUUGCAGCAAGGACACAUCGGUAGCCUUCAAGAUUUUUGAGUUAGGACUGAAGAAAUACGGGGAUAUCCCAGAAUAUGUUCUUGCUUAUAUUGAUUAUUUAUCUCACCUCAAUGAGGACAAUAACACUAGGGUAUUAUUUGAACGAGUUUUAACAUCAGGGAGUCUGCCCCCUGAGAAAUCUGGUGAAAUUUGGGCGCGAUUUUUGGCGUUUGAAAGUAAUAUUGGUGAUUUAGCCAGUAUUCUGAAAGUGGAAAAACGUAGAUAUACUGCAUUCAAGGAAGAGUACGAGGGGAAAGAGACAGCACUGCUGGUGGAUCGCUACAAGUUUAUGGAUCUCUACCCCUGCUCUGCAAGUGAACUCAAAGCUUUGGGAUAUAAAGAUGUCUCCCGUUCCAAAUUAACAUCUUUGCUCCCAGACCCUGUGGUUACUCCUUCAAUAACUCCAUCCUCAAAGGAUGAGGCUGAUAGAAAACCUGAGUACCCCAAACCAGACACCAGCCAGAUGAUCCCUUUCCAGCCAAGACAUCUAGCUCCUCCUGGACUUCACCCUGUGCCUGGAGGGGUAUUCCCGGUGCCCCCUGCUGCUGUGCUAUUAAUGAAGUUGCUUCCUCCACCUCUGUGCUACCAGGGUCCCUUCGUGCAGGUGGAUGAGCUGAUGGAAAUCUUCCGCAGGUGUAAGAUUCCAGAUACUGUUGAAGAGGCGGUUAGACUGAUCACUGGGAGUCAGGUUGAGCUGCUGCUGGAAGGUAACGGCCCCAUUGAAGUGAACGCCCUGAUCAAUAAAUCACUAAAAAGACCCAAUGAAGAUUCUGACGACGACGAAGAGAAGGGGGCGGUCGUGCCUCCAGUUCAUGACAUCUACAGAGCUCGGCAGCAGAAGAGAAUUCGGUGAAGUGGUUCUAAAACCUGGAACGUUAUUUAGAAGAGACAGACUUUUUAUCAACCAAUGUUUUUCUUUUUGCCUCAAACCUUCUGCUUUAAAGGACAACUAAUGUUGUCACAAGCAUCUUCAAAAUAAAUUUGCAUUGGUGCCUGUAUACCCCAUCAGCUGAAAAAUAAGAAGAAACUAAAAACUAUGCUCAUAGGGAAGUAUGAAACCUUGAAAUGUACAUACUCCUUCAUUUUCUGUGUUUUUAUGUACGAUCGGAAAACUCGUUGGGACUCCAAGGUUUUAUUUUAAAAACUGGACAGCUUAUAAAUGUGACCAUUUUUGUUUUGUUUUUUUAAAUCCGACCUAGCGUCGUUCUCCAUUUUUGUUUUCUCCCCUUCGCUUCUUUGUUUUAUUUGUGGCAGAAUACCAGACACUGUAUUCCUUUUAUAGUGGUUUUUGUUUUUUUUGCAGCUAAGUGGAUUUACAUUCCCAGACACCAGGGGGCGCUGUGAACGUUUGCCUUGUUUGUUUGGUUUUUAUUAGUAGAAAACAGCUGCUAUUUUAAAACAACACUGUAAGAUGGAAAGCGAAUACCUCCAUCAUAAAACACUUUAUUUGUACCCUUUAUAAAUUGCGCAAUAUACCUUGUUCAUACCAAUGGAUUUUUGUUCUGUUUAGCGCUAGUAUCCUCUGCAGUGCACUGCGAAAGACUUCAGGGAAUCUCCCUAGGGCAGAGAGAAUUUAAAGUAUAAAAUCCACUCUAAUUUUUUUUUUUUUUUUUAACCUUCAUAUACUGUUAUGUGGCUGGCUGUUUGAUACAGGUCACAUUUUUUUCCAUACAGUGAAUAAAACCAUUAAACAAA